UUAUUAAUAAUAAUAAUUAUUAUUGUGUUAAAAACGAUAAUAAUAUAGACACAUAAAAUAUCAUCUAUAAUUUAUUAAAUUUAUAGAAAACAUGGAUCGGUGGACUGGUAAAGUUGCAUUAGUGACGGGUGCUAGUUCUGGCAUAGGUGCGGCCAUUUCAAUUGAAUUAGUUAAAUAUGGCAUUGUGGUAAUUGGGUUCGCCAGACGAUUGGAUCGAUUGCAAAAAUUAGAAAAAGAAUUAUCUAAUGAAAAAGGUAAAUUUGUACCAUUACAAGGCGAUAUUUCUAAAGAGCAGAGUAUUAUCAAUGCAUUUAAAUGGAUUCAAGUGAACUAUAGUGGUGUGGAUAUUUUGGUGAAUAAUUCUGGUAUUCUUCGAAAUUCGAAUUUAACAGAUGGAAAAACUGACGAUUGGAAAGCAAUAUUUGAUGUAAACGUAAUUGGACUAUGUAUUGCGACACGUGAAGCUUGUAAAUCAAUGAAAGAACGGGAUGUCAAUGGACAUAUUAUUAAUAUCAACAGUUUAUCUGGUCAUAGAAUUCCUGCGUCAGUAGAAGACACGAAUGUGUAUCCUGCUUCCAAAUAUGCAGUCACAGCUAUCACCGAAACAUUACGUCGAGAAUUGUUGCAUCAAAAGACAAAAAUAAAAGUUACAAGUAUUAGUCCUGGUUUAGUCAAAACAGAAAUUGCGGAAGCUGGUAAUUCGCAAGCUUUAACUGAACGGAUGGCCUCUGUAAGACCUCUAGAUCCAGAAGACAUUGCAAGUGCUGUGAUUUUUACACUUAGUACACCUCCUCAUGCUUUGGUUGAAGAAAUAAGAAUUCGCCCAUUGGAACAGCCAAUCUAAUUAAAAUUAAAUAAAUUAAAAUGGAAUCAAACAAGUAUU